AUGCCGCCAUAUCAACGCUGCGGCGACAUCGUGUGUCUGUGGAAGCGGCAGACACGCACCUUUGCCUUCCAGUGCAUCUACUGCCCGGAUCCGGCGCGCACGGCAACCACAUUCAAGGGCUUCAAGUCCCACUUGGAGUCGGAGCACUCGGAUUUGUUUGAGGAUCGGGAAAAAGAGGACAUCAAGCCAUGUGUGGAGCUCAGGACGCUGCGCAGCCAUGCUGGCAGCGAUCCGGAGGCAUUGACCACGUCCAAAGAGGAGGAUCCGCUGGAAACGGAGGCUACGGACCUGGUGAAACAAGAGGAAUCCUCGCUUGCUGAUUCAGAGGCUGAACAAGAGGUGGACAAGUGGUCAGAUGGCGACUACCAGAGCGUUACUUCCCUGGAAUCCACCAGUCAACGGCCUGUGACCAGCUCCACGGACACCUCAUACUUCUGGCUGCAGGAGCAUCCUAUAAUGCUGGCAUUCAUUGCCCAACUGGAGCAGCAGCCUCUGCUCUGGGAUCUGGGCAUGGUGGCAUACAAAAACUACAGGCGACGCAGCAAGGCCAGCGAGAAAAUAGCCACCGGCUUGAAUACCCAAUUUGAGCUUAAUCUCACGGGUCAAGAGGUGGCCACGCAUGUCAAGCUGUUGCGAGAUGCCUACCGGCGAGAGAAGAUGCGCCUGGAGCAGCCCACGGAACCACCAGCAACCGCGGAGUGGUUCUACGGAAGACUGCACUUCCUGGCCAGCAGCCUGCCCCGCCAGCGGCAACCCAAGAUGCUGAGCAAGGACGAGGCAGACACGGAGGCUGGUCCCGUGGCCCUGCUGAACCACAGCCAGAACCUGAAGCUCAUCGAGCUAUAUCGCCAGUGCAGGCCAAACUGGGACAUGCAGGACAUGACCUGCCGGCUGCGUACUGUCCGCCAAGCGGCCAGGGAUCGUCUGCUCGAGCUGUGUCGCAGCGAGCUAAAGAUUCCACUGGAGCCCUCACAGCUGCAGCUCUUCAUUCGCCGCCUGAGGAACACCUAUCAUCAGGAGAAGGUGCGUCGGCUCCAGAGUGAGCGACUGGGCAAAGUGUUUCGCUCACGGUCGCGCUACUACGAGAAGCUGGACUUCCUCGAACCUCACAUGGCGCCCUUCCAAUGCGACCUCUGUCCCGAGAUGCUGAGCAGCGUGGACGGCUACCGAGUGCAUCGAUCCAAGCAUGACGGCAGCCUGCCCUUCGUGUGCCCCACAUGCGGCCGGGGCUUCUCCAAGUGCGGCAAUUGCACCAUCCAUUUGCGGAGGCACACGCAGGACUACCAUCUGAGUUGUGAGGAGUGUGGCAAGCGGUUUGCCACCACCACGGACCUACAGGUGCACCGGCGCUCGCAUACGGGAGAACGACCCUAUUGCUGUCACAUCUGCGGCGGCCGAUUCAGUACCGUGUCCUUUCUGGAGCGGCACAAGCGUCGACAUGAACAGCGAUCGGUGGCCAAGUGUCAUAUCUGCGGCAAAGGCUUCUUCGAGCGCACCGUGCUCAGGGAUCACAUCAAGGGACACCUGGAUGUGCGGGAUAAGGAGUGUGAUGUGUGCCACAAGCGGUUUACCAGCGCCAAGUACCUGCGCCGUCAUAAGGAGAUCCACGACGAGCACAAGCGCUAUCUGUGUAAGCUCUGUGGCAAGGGAUUUGCCCAGUAUGCCGGACUCAGUGGACACAUGAAGUCGCAUGUGCGGAAGAAAGACACUGCCACCGAGGGGGAGGGAUCCAAGGAGCAGGAUUCGAGCUUUGAGGAUUGGGUUCUUGCCGCAGAACCAUAUCGUGUUCUUUCCCUGACGUCACUUGCCACCAGAAUCGGAAUCAGAAGAGCAGCAAGAGGAGGAGGAGGUGGAGGAGGAGUAGACUGGUCAGCUGCCUGUGGCGGGUAUACCGAUAAGCCCAAGAGCAGUCAAUCGAGAAGUAGCCAGGGCUGGAGGGAAGACGAGGAGGAGUGGUAG